AUGAGAACAGGGCAUGAAGUAAUCUUCUGCGAAUGCAGAGGAAAAGACUUGUUGAUUGGGGUGAUAAUCACCAAAGGUAAGCCUGAGUUCGCUGAGACGAUUUCUUAUGAAACAAAUGCCGGAGCUUUGGAAUUGGGGAAUGAUGUACUAAAGAAACAACAGCUUUUGAAUGGUUAUGACCUUAAGUUCAUAUACAUGCCCGGAAAUUGUUCGGAUAUAGUUAGCUCCGGUACCACUGCUGAACUGAUAAAACAGCAGGUUGUCGCAAUUAUCGGGCCGGCAUGCAUUACAUCAGUAAAGGCUGUGGUUCCCCUUUCUACGUACUAUAACAUUCCUACAUUCGCUUGGGGUUUGGCAACUUCAAGCGACAGCGAGUCGGAACGUUACCCGUCCAUUACGACAAUGACCACCACAGGGCGACACUAUGCGCUAGCACUUUACGAAGUGAUCAUGCACUACGAAUGGACACAAUAUGCUACCAUUUAUUAUGGUGAAAAAUGUAGUGACAUCAACAAGGAGCUUGCUGUGAGUUUGUUUACCCAUAAAAUCUAUUAUAUAUAGUU